UUUUCUCUCUCUUCCGCUUUGCAGUUGAAAUUUGCUUUCUGUGUCCGCUGGACUCGAGGGAAGUGUCUGCCUGUCUCGUUUUUACCGCGCGGGCAUUUUACUUCCGCCGCUUUGGUCUUUUACAGCUUUGGUUGAAGGAAAGGAGGCAUUUUUGGUGCCAUGGGAGUUCCUUUCUCCCAACUCUUUCGAGAUGAUUUGAGGUUUUGAGAGAGGAUGGUUGGAGGCAGAUAUGGCGGUAAAGGAUUGCUAUCUUUGGGAACUUCUUAAUCACAAUAGAUCUGUGUUUACAAAAGUUGUCUCACUGCAGAAGAUGUAGUUUUGUAUACAAGUUUGUAGUCAUGGCUGUUUAUAGUGUCUUAAUUUGGAAAUAGAGGAAGUAAAAUAGUAGCAAUGGAAGAAAUACAGUCCUACUCUGAUAACUAUAGAUCUUCCUCUUCUUCAGCAAGCAGUCCGAUAAACAAAGCACCUUCAGGGACCUUUUUCUAUUUGAGGAAACCAGGUGCUCUAAGAAAGCCAAUUUCCUUUGAGGACUCGCCUGAGUGGGAUGAUGUGGAGAUUGAUCCCCACAUUGAGGGGGAAGACUCCAUCCAUGUUGCAACCACUACAGCCUCUCCAACCCUUUCGAAGGUUAACAGUGUGUCAUUGCCAUCUCCAUCAGCACUGGAGGCUUCUUCAUCAGUUGUUGAAAGAAAGAUUGCUGGGGCAUCACUUGUUUGGAAGGAUCUUUGUGUUACCAUAAAGGAAAAGAGGAAGUAUUCUGACAAGGUGAUCAAGAGUUCAAAUGGUUAUGCUUUCCCAGGGACGCUUACGGUUAUUAUGGGACCUGCCAGAUCUGGAAAGUCAACACUGCUAAGGGCGAUCGCAGGUAGAUUACGUCCUCCAGCAAGGCUGUAUGGUGAAGUUUUUGCGAAUGGGGUGAAAUCUCCAAUGCCUUAUGGUUCUUAUGGGUAUGUUGAUCGGAAAGAUGUGUUGAUAGAAUCUCUCACUGUCAGUGAGUUUUUAUACUAUUCUGCCCUUCUACAACUUCCUGGUUCCUUAUCUCAGAAAAAGGUUCUAGUAGAAGAUGCAAUAUCAGCAAUGUCUCUAGGGGAUUAUGCAGAUAAACUCAUUGGUGGUCACUGUUUUAUGAAGCAUCUUCCUUGUGGUGAGAGGAGGCGUGUCAGUAUUGCUAGGGAGCUUGUAACAAGGCCCCACGUUUUAUUCAUUGAUGAACCACUUUAUCAUCUGGAUAGUGUAUCUGCGCUACUUUUGAUGGUCACACUGAAGAAACUUGCCAGCACAGGAUGUACUCUCAUUUUUACAAUGUACCAAAGCAGCACAGAAGUUUUUGGUCUCUUUGACAGAAUAUGCUUACUUUCCAAUGGGAAUACAUUAUUUUUUGGAGAAACAUUGGCUUGUUUGCAGCAUUUCUCCAAUGCUGGAUUUCCUUGUCCAAUCAUGCAAAGCCCUUCGGAUCACUUUCUGCGUGCAAUUAAUACGGAUUUUGACAGGAUCAUUGCCAUGUGUAAAAAUUUGCAGGAUGACAAUGGGGAUUUCUCAUCCGUUAACAUGGAUACAGCUGUUGCAAUUCGAACACUUGAAGCAACAUAUAAAUCUUCAGCGGAUUCUACUGCUGUUGAAUCCAUGAUACUGAGACUUACAGAGAAGGAAGGCCCUCGUCUGAAAAGUAAGGGAAGGCCAAGUGAUGUGAUACGAAUUGCCGUGUUAAUGUGGAGGUCUUUAUUAACUAUGUCCAGAGAGUGGAAGUAUUUCUGGAUUCGGCUUCUACUGUACAUUUUGCUCACACUUUCAAUUGGUACAGUGUUUUCCAACAUUGGUCACUCACUGUCAUCUGUAAUGGUCAGGGUCUCGGCAAUAUUUGUCUUUGUUUCAUUCAUUUCACUACUAAGUAUUGCUGGACUGCCAACCCAUAUAAAUGAAAUCAAGAUAUUCACACAUGAGCAGUCAAAUCAACAUUCUGGUGCGAUGGUUUUCCUGCUUGGGCACUUCCUUGCCAGCAUUCCUUUCAUUUUCCUCAUCUCGAUUUCCUCCACUUUAGUCUUCUAUUUUUUGGGCGGGCUCCGGAAUGAGUUCAAUCUGUUGGUGUACUUUGUCCUCAACAUCUUCAUGUGCCUCUUGGCAAAUGAAGGGUUAAUAAUGGUUGUUGCCUGCAUCUGGUUUGAGGUUUUUUCAUGCCUCUUAACCUUGGUGUUUCUUCAUGUUUUAAUGAUGUUAGUUGCUGGUUAUUUCAGGAUCAGAAAUGAUCUUCCAGAGCCAAUUUGGAAGUACCCAUUAUCUUAUGUUGCUUUUCACACUUACUCUGUUCAGGGCUGGGCUCGAUCCCUUGGAGUGGUUGGACACUUGCUGAAUUGAAUUAGAUCCAUAAUACCUCAUUUUCUUGCAUGCAACACAUGAACUCCUAGAAAGAGGUGGAGACCUUCAAAAGAAGGGCCGCU